AUGGCUACAGUCCGCCCAGUACCCGCCCGCCCCGCUGUGCCGCAGCAGGCGACGCGCUUCCAGCUCCCCAUUCGCAACGAGAAGGUGAGCGACCUCCUCUUGUGGCGGGACCCAGUUAAGUCCGGGGUGGUGCUGACCCUCGCCACCCUGGCCUUCGCCUUCCUGAGGUACGCGAAGUUCAACGCGAUUGUGGUCACGGCCUACACCCUGGUCGCCAUCGUGAUCGGCAGCUUCGCCUGGAACUCGUACGCCCAGUUCGCCAACAAGGCCCCCGUGCCGGUACCCGAGGUGCUGAAGCGUGGAGUGACUGAGCAGGAGGUCCAGGCCGUGGCGCAGCGCGGCACCGUGCUCAUCAACCGCGUGCUAGGCUUCCUCAAGCGCGUGCUGCACCUCACCGAUCCCAUCGCCACCGGCCAGACCGCCGCCGUGCUGUACGCCGUCGCCCGCAUUGCCGGCCUCGUGUCGCCCGUGACCCUGGCCUUCGUGCUCGUCCUGCUGGCGUUCACGCUGCCCAAGAUCUACGAGCUCCGCAAGCCCCAGAUCGAUGACGCCGUCGCCACCCUGAAGGUCCAGGCCACCCGCUUCUACGACCAGUACCUCAGUCGCUUUGUGACCCGCAUCCCACGCGCGGCCAACGCCGAUCCCAUCGAGAUCAUCGAUAAGAAGUCGACCUGA